UGGUUUCCGUUGCAAAACGUUUUGGACUAAUGAUUACACCCCUGGUACCCGACAGAAUCACACCUGUGAAAUGGAAAUAUUUUGAUAGUUUGUAUAGAAUAAUCGACGACAGAUACAGAAUUUACAGAUCAUCCGCUGGAUUGUAUUUGUGAUUAAUAGUUUUCCUGGAAUGUCUUGUAGAAUGACCUCUCUCCAAAUUGGAUUGUUAUUGGGCGCUUCGGUGUGUUGUAUUAUUUUCCUGGGGCACGCGGAGGCUCAGGCAUUCGGGGAACAAUGUUUGGACAAGUUCAAGAAGGGCAGAGACGAUUUCGUUCUCGACACCAAUGAGUCGGUCAAAGACGGUGCGACUUUCAUCUCUUCAGUGAAAGUUGAGCGCUCCAAUGACUGUAUACGCUCCUGCUGCAAAGACCCCCGAUGUAAUGUCGCUUUCAUGGAGGUUUCAGAUGAGGGCAUGAUCAAGUCAUGCUUUCUCUUUGACUGUCUAUACAAGCAGAGCUACGUCUGCCGAUUUGUCAGGAAGAAGGGAUUCCAGAACUACAUCAUAGACUCUGUGUAUGCAAGUGAUCUGGCAACAAAUGGGUUCCCAGAUGAAGAGGACCACCCUCCAGUGGCCAAUGGAGGUCCGGACAGAGUGGCCCAGCCCCAGGAAAGUUUGACUCUGAAUGGCAUUGAGAGCAAAGAUGACCACGAGAUUGUCACGUACCAGUGGCACCUAGUGUCAGGCAACUCCUCCGCUGUCAUAGAGAAAACUCAAUUCGAUGACCAAGUGAUCGUGUCCAAACUGACGUCUGGGGUGUACAAGUUCCAGCUGACCGUCACAGACUCCAGCGGGCAGUCCGACCAAACCCAGAUCACCAUCCUGGUGCUCACCCCUGAGCAGUCUGAGGAUCACUGCCUGGUCCCCAAGAAGGUGGGUCCCUGUCGUGGGUCCUUCCCCCGCUGGCACUACAACGCAGCCUCAGAAAAGUGUGAGGAGUUCCUGUUUGGGGGCUGCAGAGAGAACCUCAACAACUACCUGUCCCUCCAGGAGUGUACCAAUGCCUGUGAUGGUGUUUCAGUUAUGUCCAGCAUUGGCAGUGGCAGAAGUGGGCCACUUCCAGCCCCUAGAGAGGUGUGUGGGAUCCCCUGUAGGUCAGGCCAGUUCACCUGUGCCAACAGCUGCUGCCUUGACCAAGGCCUGGAGUGUGACAAGGAGCAGCAGUGCAGCGACGGCUCAGACGAGGAGAACUGCGAGUACUUGAACGACAAGUUCCGGAUUCUACUGCAAAUUCCUGUGGAUGAACAGAAAGUUCGCUGCACAGUUCACCCCAAAACGGGACACUGUCGUGACAGUUUUACCAAGUGGUACUACAACCCUCUCUACGAGAAGUGUUUCCGUUUCAACUAUGGCGGCUGCGACGGGAAUGACAACAGAUUUGACACUGAAGAUACUUGUAUGACGACCUGCAAACUGGUAACAGAAAAGGACAUCUUUGAGAGAAAGGAGUCAUUUGAAUACCAGGACACUCAAGGCCAUACAGGCAGCAUAGCAAUAGCCGCACUGCUUGGCCUGGCCAUCAUCAUACUGCUGGUUGUUCUAAGUUACUGCUUCAUGAAGGGCAGGAAGAAGCAGCCUCAGCGCCAGCGGGUACCCAUCAACGGCACCCAGGUCCACACCAAGGAGGACACAGAGCGCCUUGUCUACAACAGCACCACCAAGCCCAUCUGACCUCUAACCUUUGACCCCACAGGCCAGCCAUUAGUGUUACCUUGCAAAGGUAUUCAGACUCCUUUGAUUUCUUCAUUUAUUGUUAUUUUUUUUAAAUUAUUCAAGCUCUGUCAAGUGUUGCCAUUUAGUAUUUCAAGCAGAUUUAAGUCAAAACUUGAACAUUCACUGUCUUCUUGGUAAGCAAUUCCAGUGUAGAUUUGGCCUUGUUUUGUAGGUUAUUGUCCUGCUGAAAGGUGAAUUGUUCUCUUAGUCUCUGGUGUAAAGCAGACUGAAGCAGGUUUUGCUCAGGAUUUUGCCUGUGCUUAGCUGUAUCCCGCUUAUUUUUAUCCUGAAAAACAUGCCGGUAUUUGCUGAUGUCAAGUAUGCCCAUGCAGCACCACCAUGCUUGAAAAUAAGGAUGCAGUUAGUUACUCAGUGAUAUGUUUUGUUGGAUUUGCCAAAACAUAUGGCUUUACAUUUAGGCCAAAAAGUGUGUUCCUUUGCCAUGUUUGUUUUGCAUUAUUACUUUAGUGCCUUGUUGCAUACAAGAUGCAUGUUUUGGAGUAUAUUUUAUUUGCUAUAUUGAUGUUAUUUUCACUGUCAUUUACGAUGUUGUUGAACCAUCCUCGGUUCUCUCCCAUCACAGCCAUUGAGCUGUUUUAAAAUCACCCGUCCUGCAGCUCAGUUCAGAAGGAUGACUAUCUUUGAGGUGUCUGGGUAGUUUAAUACAUAAUGCCCAGCAUAAUUAUUAACUAGACAAUGCUUAAAGAUAUAUUCAAUACCCAUCUACUAAUCACUGCACUUUAUUAUGAGGCUUUCGAAAAGCUCCCUGGUCUUUGUAGUUUAAUCUGUGCUUACAGAUGUUGUAUGUAUGGGGGACAGAGUAAGGGUUAGCCAUAAAAAAAUCAUGUCAACCCCUAUUACAUGGACAGAGUCCAUGUAACUUCUUGUGAUUUGUUAAGCCUCAUUUUUCUCCUGAACUAGUUUAGGCUUUUCUAAACAAAGGGGCUGAAUACUUAUGCAACAACUAUUUUAGUUAUUGCAUUAUACAAAAAAAAAUGCAUUUUUCUUCCACUUUGAUAUUAGAGUAUUUUGUAUAUAUUGUUGACAAUUUUUUUUUAAAUUAAAUCUUUGAAUCCCAUUGUAACACAAAAUGUGAAGAAAUCCAAGGGGUCUGAAUACUUUUGCAAGGCACUGUAUGUGAACCUUGGAGGGUUUUUGUGUCGGAGUAUAGUCUGUUUUAUUUUCCACAAAUACAGGCCUCUCUAUUUGAUUCAAGCUUUUCCUUGUUGAUGUUGUAAUGUAGACCUAUGAGAUUUUAUUGGCGCUUGACACCACUCCGGAAAGAUAAAGUUGCAGAAAUUCUUCAAAAUGUGACACUUGUGUUUUGCCUUUUUUUUUUUUUUUUUUGCAUUAGCCUUUUAUAAUUCAGAUGGUUGGUCGCUAAUUCUGCACUCAGGGUAUAAUGAUUAAAUCAACCAAUCUAACUAUUAUUCAUGUAAAUUGUUGACAUAAUAAUACCUGCCGCUAUUGUUUACUAAAUAUGGAUUUGUUAUUCUUCUUAUUCUGUUUUAUUGUAUUUUAGGCUUUUUUUUUUGUGUUGCUGGAAAUAUUGUACAUGGUUAACACCUUUGUCUUAACUGUUAAAGUUAGAGCAAGUUAUUUUACUUUUGGAGUUUAUUUUCGGAUGAUGAAAACAGGUAUUUCUGAAGGAAACAGAAGAGGGGAAACUAAAGCCAGUUUGUGCCUCAUAAUGGUAGUAACAUGAAAAAAUAUACUCAUUUCAACAUUUUAAAUGUUUUUUGUUAACACCUUUUUUAUAUAUAGUUUCAUCUAUUUUACCAUUAGGUCUCAAAUCCUAAAUAAAAUUAUAUUAAGGUUA